UCAUCCUAUGUGAUACCAAAAGGUCUGUGGACAGAAAUCUGGAAACUGAAGGUCCCUCCUAAAAUUCAACACUUUACUUGGAGAGCGGUGAAUGGAUGCUUGGCCACGGGAGAAAAUCUCUUUAGAAGAAAAUGUUGCAGGGACCCCGUCUGCAAAAUUUGUGGCAAGAAUGAUGAAACUAUUGAGCAUUGUUUAUUACUCUGUGAUUGGGCAAAGAUAUCUGGUUUGGAUCUCCAAUUGGAAUUAUGUUGAAUGAGAGGAACAUCUCUAGGUUUGAUAGUUGGAUCUGGAUGAUGCUUGGUGAAGGUAGAAAGAGCAACGAAUUCCAAAAAUCCUUGCUGGUGUCUAUUUGCUGGAGUAUAUGGAAGGGAAGAUGCAAUGUGGUAUAUCAGGAUAUGAUGCUAGAACUAGAAAAGAUCUUGAAAAAUGUAGUUACUUUGGUGAACGAGUUUUGGGUGGCUAGGGGGUGGAUGAAGGAAAAAACUCUAUCUGCUUCUAACAGGGAAGGCUUAAUAUGGAAGGCUCCCGAUCAUGGAUGUAUCAAGGUAAACAUUGAUGGAUCUUUUCUUAGCAAAUCUGGUAAGGCUGGUAUUGGGGUAAUUUUCAGAAAUGAGAAUGGUGACUUGUUGAAAUUUACAGCAGAACAAGUGAGAUCUUCUUCUGCUUUCAUGUUAGAGGCUCUUGCUGCAAGAAAGGCUUUGGACCUGAUCAAGCUGAGUGGCAAAGUCACACGUUGUAAUAGAGGACAUUUUGACAUCUUUAAGAUCUAUGUCAGGUGUCUCUCUCGGUCUAAUUCCAAGAUCUUGCAAUAAGGCUGCAGAUUGGUUGGCAGUCUCAAGCUCAAAGGGGGUGUGUUUUGAAGGUUGUUCUAAUCAGCCUCCACCCUCUCUUGCCAAAUUUCUUACUGAAGAUAAGGCCCUGUGUGCUUCUGCUUGCGGCACUGGUUUCUUCCAAGAGAGGACAGGUAUUGGCUGAUGUUUCGUUGCCAUUUGAAGUUUUCUGUGUUUGUGUUUGCUGGUUUUUUUUGGUUCUGUGUUUUUUCUAGGUUGUACUGUAGGUGCCUCCAGCUUUCUUGUUUUCGCUUUUUCAGGUUGUAUCCUAGGAUUUACUGCUUUCUUUUGUU